AUGGCCACGACGAGCGCAUUGCCGUUGUGGAGCUCGGCGAUCUCCAAUCGGCGACGGGGAGGACGGCGCUUGCGUGAGAUAAGAGCUGAGAGGCAGGAAAUCGAUAAGAAGAAGAAGGUGAUUGUAGUGGGAGCUGGAUGGGCGGGCUUGGGCGCCGCGCACCAUCUCCUCAAACAAGGCUUUGAUGUUACAUUGAUUGAGGCCGGAGCUCAACCUGGAGGAUUGGUUGCUGGAUGGAAAACUGCGUCGGGGCGAUCGGUGGAAGUUGGAAUUCAUGGAUUUUGGUACCCAUACAAGAAUAUUUUCUCACUGGUUGAUGAGCUCGGACUCAAGCCUUUUACAAAGUGGACACGCUCUUCACAGUAUUCUCCCAAUGGUUUGGAGGUUGAGUCUCCAAUAUUUCAAGACCUUCCUCGUUUGCCAAGUCCCUUGGGCACAUUUGUAUACACUCAGUUCCUCAGGCUUCCGCUUUGGGACCGAUUGACUGCGCUUCCACUCAUGUAUACGGUGGUAGAUUUCGACAACAGCGACCGUGCCUGGAGAAAAUACGAUAAAACAACCGCUCGUGAGCUCUUUCGUAACUAUGGUUGCUCGGAACGAGUGUACAAGGAUGCCUUCAACCCAAUGCUUCUAGUUGGACUUUUCGCGCCUGGAGAACAAUGCAGCGCCGCAGCCACACUCGGAAUGCUCUACUAUUUCAUUCUUGCGCAUCAGUCGGACUUUGACGUUGUUUGGUGCCGUGGAACAGUUGGAGAAAAAAUCUUCAAGCCAUGGCUGGAGGUGCUAAAUGCACGAGGAUGCCGCUUUUUAAGUGGCAAAAAAGUGACAGAUUUGACAAUCAACGAGCCUACUGGGGAAGUUAGUGGAGUGAGGUGUGGGAACGAGCUGUUCAAUGCCGAUGCAGUUAUUUUCUCCGUCGGUGUCACGGCAAUGCAACGCAUUGUCGAGUCCAGUCCUGCGUUGCAACAGAGCGAGGAGUUUCUGGACAUACAAAACCUUGGAGCUAUAGAUAUCCUUGGCGUUCGGCUCUGGCUUGAUCGUAAGGUUGAUAUAAAUCAUCCCAGCAAUGCUUGUUUCGGAUUUGAUGAAACUACAGGGUGGACUUUCUUUGAUCUCAAUGCCUUGCACGACGAGUACAAGGACGAAAAAGGAACUGUUGUGGAAGCCGACUUUUAUCAUGCCAAUCAGUUUCUGCCCCUGAGCGACGACCAGAUCGUGAAAAAGGUGAUGACUUACCUUGCAAAGUGCAUUCCAGAAUUCGCAGCAGCAGAAGUUGUCGAUCAAGCAGUGGUCCGCUUCCGGAAAGCCGUGACACAUUUCUCUCCAGGCUCGUACCAACAUAUGAUGCGAGGAACCACAAGCUUUCCAAACCUGUUUAUGGCCGGUGACUGGAUCAUCACCCGGCACGGCUCCUGGUCUCAGGAGAAAGCAUAUGUGACGGGGCUUGAGGCUGCAAACAACGUUGUCAAGCUGUUGAAUCAAGGAAAAGCUGCAAAGAUCAUACCAGUGGAGCCAGACGAAGCACACAUCACUGAGCUACGCCGGAUCAGUACGCUUGUCCAAGAAUCAAAAUUCAUUCAUUUAUUAAAUUAAAAACGGUGAAAUCCAAGUGUGACAAGGUUCAUUUUUCUAAACGUGUUUAAAAUUUAUAGACUUCCAUAAAUUAAAUUGUAAAUCAUCAAA